UGUUUAUGCACUGUAGCCAUUUCUCAGAGUAGGGCUAGUACUAGUACACUGUAGUAUUAUAUUAGUACCAAGAUCACAUGUCUGCAACACUAUUAAUUCAGAAUUCGUCGACAAGGUGCGGAAAACCGAAGACAGACACACGUGAAAAAGAAAGCGCUAGAAAGAUGGCGAGUGGACACACAACAGCUGCAUCCGUCCGCGGGCCCCGCUUCGCCGGCGCCGGCCGCCGCGGCGCCCUCCUCCUCGCGCUGCUCCUCGCCGCCGCGGCCGCCUUACUCCCAGUAGCCGAGCCUUCCUGCCCCCGAGACAAUUCAGUCGUGAAAGAUAUAAACAAAAUGCACCAGAGCAACUAUGGAAUUGGAGGAUUCUCGCAUAUAACCGUUGCGGGCGCGCUAGCUCACGGCAUGAAGGAGGUGGAGGUGUGGCUCCAAACAAUUAGUGCGGGCCAGAGGACACCGAUCCACAGACACUCGUGUGAGGAGGUCUUUGUUGUCCUCAAAGGGAGAGGCACUCUCUUGCUGGGGUCGACCUCACUGCCGUACCCGGGAACGCCUCAGGAAAUUCCUGUCUUUCAGAAUAGCACAUUCACGGUUCCUGUAAAUGAUCCACACCAGGUUUGGAAUUCUGAUGAACAUGAAGAUUUACAGGUGCUUGUGAUCAUAUCGCGCCCACCUGUGAAGAUAUUUCUGUAUGAAGAUUGGAGUAUGCCUCACACGGCAGCGAAGUUGAAGUUCCCCUUCGUCUGGGAUGAGGACUGCUUAGACGCACCUAAAGAUGAACUGUAGGUUGGAAUGUGCUCACAUGGCAGCGCAUCGGCCUCGGUCAGCGUACUGAUGAAGUGCGGUGUACAGCUUGCCUGCCUCCUAAAUAAUGCGCAUGUCUGUAACAUCCUUUCUCUUGGAACAACAUUUUCGUCACGGAUUAUGUACUUGAGAGCAUGAAGCAGCCUUCUGCAGCAAGAACUAUUUCCAAAUUUUGAAUUACCACUGUAUUCUAGUACUAGUAGACUGCAAGCGUCGCUGAUCUUGGUCAGAGGGUCAUUGUUCAGCAGAUUUGGUGUUGAUUCCCGAACAAAAUUUUCAACUCUGCAUCCUAUGGCUCACAUGAGUGAAUCUAAUCCCUUCAACAUGGUAAACGGCCACGAAGCAAUUAUAGAGCAUAAAUUAGUCAAGAGUGGUAUCCUGAUCUGCAGUCACGGGCAGCAGGCGCCAGCCCCCGGCAGAACACCGCCGCGCGCGCGAGAACGGCAAGUACGCCCCGCCGCCACCUUCCCUGGGGACCACGCGGGCUUCGCCUGUGUCCCCUCCGGCGGCGGCGAAGCGGGGGAGGAGCGUGGAGGGCGGCUGGCGCGGUUAGGGUUAGGGGCGGGGAGGGCUGCAGUCACCUACAGUACUUACUAUAGAGCAUAAAUUAGUCAAGAGUGGUAUCCUGAUUGAUAUAUAGGGAAAAGAAGUCAGACUAGCCUGAAGAGUUGGAAUCGCAUUGCAAAGCUUAAACGAGCGACUUCUUGCCCCCCAAGUAAUCUGGGCUCUCAAGUAGUGUUCGAGUCGGCGAUUCGAUCGGCUCAUAUUAGCUGUGCCCCUUUGCCAAAUCACACCGGCACGGGCACGGGAACCAAGGGACCAUUCGUUUGCGUUUGCGGAGCAGAGCAGUGCGGACUGCGGAGGGCAUGGAAGCCUCGCGGUUCGGCUUCGGCCGCGACAUGGCGGCGGCGUUCAAGUUCGACCCCACCGACGCCGACAUCGUCGCCUCCUACCUCCUCCCCCGCGCGGUCGGCCUCGACAAGCCCCACGGCCACGGGCGCGCCGUCAUCGACGACGACCCCAUGAGCCUCCCGCCGUGGGACCUCAUGGAGAAGCACAACCACGGGACCAGCGACCAGGCCUUCUUCUUCGGGCCUCCCAGGAACGGGGGCCGCGUCAAGCGCGUCGUCAAGGGCGGCGGCAUGUGGCAAGGGCAGAAUGGCAGGGUCGGGACCGUCACCCUGUUCUGCGAUGGCGCCGGCGAGGUGGACAUCAGCUACAGGAGGUACGACCUCACCUACAAGCGCGCGGGGAACAAGGACCCCAGCGGCUGGGUCAUGAGCGAGUACCAGAUCACCUCGCCUCCGCUCUUGAGCACGGUGCUCACCCGCAUCGGAUUGACCGUCGCCGCCGGGGAGCAGAGGAAGCGACAGCCGGCCGACCAGGAGGCGUUUGCUCAGCAGGGCCCUGACAAGGUGCUGGCCGUCGCAGCCGCUGCCGCCGCCGCCGAACAUCAACGGGUGUCACCACCGCCAUUGAAGUCAGGCCCUGACGCGCAAGCUGACGAUGGUGCUCUCUACCAUGACGAUACUAGCGUCACCGGCGUGGAGGAGAACGGUGGGCACUACACUGUUCCGCUUCUGCUCAACGGCCAAGAGUACUACAAGGACAAGAGCCGCGUCAAACGCAAACGGCGGCGAUAUGGGGCAUGAGCCAUCCUGAUCGAACCUGAAUCCAAUCGGGAGAAGCCCGCCCGUACAUUUGGAUCACGGAAUAGCAUGUAUGUCAUCCGUUUCUAACAUUGUUUUUGUGGAUCCUUGGUUCUUGACAUUCCUGGGUUUUUAAUCGGGAAGGAUAUAUGGCCUGAUUUUCAGACACGAUAUCGAUCAUGUUGGGUCCUGGGUCAUGUCGAUGGAUUGCUUUUUGAGACCGUCCCGGGUCAUGUUGGGUCGUGGGACGUGGUUUGGUGUUCUUCUCUUUUUUGGGAUUAUUAAUAGCACAUUAGGUUACACCUGACUACUACCUCCGUCAUGGUUUAUUGGUCUACAUUAUGUAUUGUGUCAAAUUUUAACUAUAGAUUAUGUUUAUGCAUGUUACCAAAAAUUAUAUCAUUGAAAAUUUCAAAUACGAA